AUGGGUGUAGUGAUUAGGAAUGCAGAGGGGCAGCUGAUGGGGGCAGUGAGUAAAAGGCUGGCGCUUCCUCUUAAGGCCUUGGAAACUGAAGCUAUGGCAAUGCAGGUGGGGAUUCAAUUUGCGUGGGACCUGGGAUUGAAGGAUGUUGUGUUUGAAAGCGACUCAUUGACAGUAAUCUCAGCCCUCUUAAGCGAUACUCCCCCACCUUGGUCGAUCCAAAAGGUGAUUGAAGGAAUCAAGCAAGACCUCAAGUGGUUCAACACUUGGUCUGCAGUCCAUGUUCGUCGUAGUGGGAACGUGGCUGCCUAUCUCAUGGCAAAAAAUGCCAUUACAGUUGUAGAUAGUCUUGUAUGGGUUGAGAAUAUCCCACCCGUUAUAGCUCUGCAGGUCUCAAAAGAUGUAUCAAGCAUGAAUGCUAUUUCAUUCUAA